AUGGCGCAAACUCAGCCUCAGCAGUUUGCUCAAUCAAUGUCUCCUCCUGUAUCCUCACCUUCACCUAGUGCACCGUCCCCGGUCAAUGGAGGCGGCAUCCCUCCACCGUCUGAGCGACAGCGCCUUUCUCCUCUUCCGCAAUCCCAAUCCCCCUACGCAUCUCCCAGCUUUGGGACUUUGCAGUUACCGUCAAAUCAACCAACUCCAACUUCCAUGAAUGGAAUCAACAUGAGUGGGAUGCCUCAAACACCCGCCCCGCCACCACUCCCGGGCACGAUGGGGCCACCUUCUCGGCCGGUGGAAAAGGCGACAGAUGCUGCCGAGUUAACAGAUGUUCUGGCGUCGUCUGGCAUUGAUGUUAGAGAAGAAGAGGCCUUUCUCACGAGUAGUUACUCGGCUCCAGGUGUUCAAGCGCAACAACCCUUAAGAGUACAACAACCACCGCCACCGCAACAGCAACCUCAACUAGCCCUCAAUACCUCUUUCGCCUCCCAAGCCUCUACUACCGGGACAAUUUCCACCACCCCCAGUUUCAGCGAACCGUCCCAGUUCAAGCCGCAAACCACACAAGACUCUUUCUACACCGAACCGGCGUCGCAACCACCUGCGCCGUUCAAAGACCCCAAUGAGCCGACACGAGAAGACACCGAAGCAGCCAGACGCGCGCAAUAUCAUCUACAAGAGCCUUUCUUACUGACGAAGGUACUGGAACAAAGGCUACAGAGACGCGGCUUUGAACUUGGUGUUCGCAUACCGGCAGAGGGCUUAUUUCAUCCCGUACCAGGUCGUCCGCAGCCUAUUGAGGUUACUGGACCGGAUGGUUCGUCCAUCGUGCGUACGGGGAAGACUAUCCUAAACCAGGAGGGGGCUCCUUUGGUUGAUAUAUUGAAUUUAAUGUCGAUUGCGUGCGAGGAACGGUUGCGCACAGUGGUUGACUAUUCCUCGACACUCGCGAGAAGCAGGCGAGCCCAUUCCCAUGGAAAGGUUCCUACCGAAUGGAAGGACCUCGCGGAAUCAUCUGGCUCAGUGAACGGUGGUGUGGACAACCCUCAGACACCACUCAAACGGCCUCAUUUGGCGACUGACCCAGCGGCGACGUUAACUGAGAAAUAUCGUUUACUCAUGGAGAAGGACGUGUCCAGCGAAGAGGCUCGUGCCGCCAAACGCGCAAAGCGCAGUGCAAACGCUAUACUCGGGGAGGGUGUUUUGCCCAGAGCGGACUCUGUCGACGUGCCAGGUUCCGGUGCAUCGACUCCAAUCGCAGAAAAAGCCCCGAGCCUCGACAAGAAAGGUCUGUCGAAGAAGGAAGCAAAGAAACUGAUGGAUGCAAAGGCCAGCGAGGCUCAGCAACAUCAGCAAUCUGUGGAGACUGCCCGAUUAGCCACGAAUAGCAUGCUGUCGGGCCGUAUGUUCGGAGCCAAAAAAUCAUACUCAUGGCUGAAUCGAGGCUCGGCUACUCCCAGUGGCUUCGCCACUCCGUCACGAGUCAAUACCGCACCUCACACUACUGGCACGGAAAAGACUGGCCGCACUGGAGAGCCAGCUCCUGUCCCUACUAAACACCUCGGGACUUGGCGGGAAGACAAAGCGAAGGGUGCUGGAAUUCAAGUCCGCGAUAUCUUGUUCAUGCUCGAAAUGGAUGGCAGAGGCUCCCGGCAUGUGCAGAAGGCCUAUUCCAAGGACAUCAAAGAAGACCGGGCGGACUAG